CCGCCCUGUGUGUUUUGUGCUCAGAUGAAAAUGGCGUCCCGAAGCGAUCGCUUUAACUUAUCGCACAAUAACACGGAUAACAAACUACACAGCUAAAAUUAUAUAAAAUGGAUACCAACUUCAAGGAUAACCCAUAAAAGCAGUUCUACAGGACAACGUAUAGACCACAACAACCGCAGGAGUUAUUUCAGUGGUACAGUGAAAAUAAUAGCAUUUUCCCAAUAGUAAGCUAGAUAAUGUAAGUUACAUGGCUAGCUAACGGUAGCUAGCUAGCGGGCUAACGUUCCGUGAAUGAAGUCGCUAGUUAUUGUACAUAUUUUAAAGAAAUGCCCCACAAAUGUAGCCUAACAUGGCUACUGCGUUCGAACAGGAGACAACCACAUACACACACACAUGUAUUCGCGAAAGUUAGCUAGUUAACGUUAGCUGCCAGAACGUUGCUGGCUAAGAUUCACUCUAGCUAGCCAGCCAGCUAACAACAGCGUCUGCUGCAAGUCGGUCAGUUCUGUACCAUAAGCCAAGCACAACCAUCGAACUCACUGGUUUUGUUGCGAGUAAAAUUCGAAUUUGUUGCUAAAUAUUUUUGCUGUUUUAGGUAAAAGAAUAACGUUAGUUGGCUAUCAACGUUAUCGAUUGUUCCUAGGGUUAGGUAGGUUAGUGCUUUGGGCCAGUUACCUAAAGUUUGCUGGAUCGAAUCCCUGAGCUGACAAGGUUAUGGAAGACCAAAACCCUCGUUACAGCAAGCGCUUGCGUACAGGGACGCGGCGGCGCUACCAGGAUGACGGGAUCUCGGACGAUGAGAUUGAGGGGAAGAGGACGUUUGACCUGGAUGAGAAGCUGCAGAGUGACAGGUUCAACUCUUACCUGGUUAAACACAUGGAUGGAAAAGACUUCACAUUCGAGUACAUCCAGAGGGAGGGGCUGAGAGACCCUAUCGUCUUUGAGAAAAAAGAUGGCCUCGGCUUAGAGAUGCCAGACUCUGAUUUCAGUGUGAGUGAUGUCAAGCUGUUUGUAGGCAGUCGGAGGAUGGUUGACGUUAUGGAUGUGACCACUCAGAAGGGCAUCGAGAUGUCCAUGGCCCAAUGGCGGCGGUACUACGAGACCCCGCCCUCGGAGCGAGAUAAGCUCUAUAACGUCAUCAGCCUGGAGUUCAGUCACACCAAGCUGGAGAACCUGGUGAAACGACCCACCUCGGUGGAUUUGAUAGACUGGGUGGACAACAUGUGGCCAAGGCACCUAAAGGAAAGACAGAGAGACUCAACCAACUCUAUAAUAGAAAUGCAGUAUCCCAAAGUGCAGAAGUACUGUCUGAUGAGUGUUCAGGGCUGCUUCACAGACUUCCACGUUGACUUUGGCGGUACGUCGGUCUGGUACCACAUCCUGCGGGGGGGAAAGGUGUUUUGGCUUAUCCCGCCCACACCCCAGAACUUGGAGCUGUAUGAGAACUGGGUGUUGUCAGGGAAACAGGGAGACAUUUUCCUCGGGGACAAGGCCCAGGACUGUCAGAGGAUAGAACUGAAGCAGGGAUACACCUUCAUGAUCCCCUCCGGCUGGAUCCAUGCUGUGUACACCCCUGAGGACACACUGGUGUUUGGAGGAAACUUCCUCCACAGCUUCAACAUCCCCAUGCAGCUCAACAUCUACAACAUUGAGGACCGCACACGAGUCCCGGCUAAGUUCCGAUACCCCUUCUACUAUGAGAUGUGCUGGUACGUGUUGGAGAGAUACCUCUACUGCCUGACCAACACCUCCCACCUCACCCCCGACUUCCAGAAGCACUCACUUGGUGUUGGUCUGACCCGUGAAGACUCGGAGAACAAACUCAACGGCCACGUGAAAAAUGGCACAGAGGAAAAGAAAGAGGGAGACAAUGAUAAGGAAGAAAAGGAGGAAAGUGAGACCAAGGUCAAAAUGGAAGAGUCUGAUGACGAUUCCUUCCCCCUUCCUGGUGCCACUAAGCCGGGGGUGAGAGUAAACCUGACUCCCCUGGAGCUGGAGGGGCUGUGGAACCUGCUGGGGAAGCUGGAGGAGCUGCCGACCCACAAAAAGUGUGUCCCCGCAGGCAUCCGUAAUGCCCCCGCCCUGCUCCAUGACAUACGGGCUCUUCUGGAGGAACACUGCAACGAUGACCCCAAGCUGUCUUAUACCGGAAAGCCCAUUGUCAAGUGGCCCAAGAGGCCCUCGUGGUAUCAGCCCCCUCCCCCCUCAGUGGUAUACCGUCCUCGUCUCGCCAUGCCCCACAAGGCCGUGGUCCCGCGCCCUGCCAAGCCCACCUCUAUCUCGGCUCUGAGACGUAGGCGCGUGCGCUGCAAACACUGUGCAGCCUGCCAGAGGAAGGAGUGCGGCGAAUGCAACUUCUGCAAAGAUAUGAGGAGGUUCGGAGGACCCGGGCGUAUGAAGAAGGGCUGCAUGAUGAGGCAGUGUCUCGCUCCUGGCCUGCCUAACUCAGCGGUGUGUGCUCUGUGUGGAGCGGGCCAGGGGAAACAGGAGUGUUCAGACGAAAGCCCCUCCACAACCCUCAUGGAAUGCUCCAACUGUGCUCAGAUCGCCCACCCCGACUGCAUCAAGGUUCCUGGGGAGGGCAGGAUCAACAAGGACCUGCCCAGCUGCUGGGAGUGUCCCAAAUGUUACCAGGGCAAAGAAGGCUCUUCAUCGGAGUCGUCCAGCAGUGAGGACAGCACGGCUUCUACAGGUUCUCUCUCAACGUCAAAUCAUGCCCACCGAGAGGGGAUAGGAGAUGGGGAGGCAGGCAGUGGGGUGAGGAAGAGCCGACGUGGCAGACCCCCUCUAACAUCCUCUCUGUCCCAGCGGAUAGUGCCCCCUCCCUCUCAGAGGCUGUUACUGCAGCAACAACAAAACAGGAAGAGAGCCGGAGCGCUGGAGCUUCGACUCAGGAAGAGGAUCAAACUGGAGCGCAGCAAAAUCUUACAUUCGAAGCAGACGUUGUCUCUGGAGCGUUCUCCUAAGCUCCUGUGCUCCCAGGGUCUAGCCCACCUCCAGAGAGGGGUGUCCUCUCGCCUCCGCUCCCCUGUUGGCAGACUAUCCCGGGGCCGUGGGUCCUUCAGAGGCUCCCCUUACCGCUCCCCUACAGGGGCUCGCCUCCAUCCCCACCAACUCUCCCUCAGCCUGGCCCCUGCAGGCAGGGGAGAGGGGAACAGGGAGCGAGGGAGUGGGAGAGGAGUACGGCUCAGAGGAGGAGCAGCAGGGAGAGGAAGAAGAGGACAGAGACACGGAGGAGCAGAGGAAGAGAGUGAUAGCAGCAGUAGUAGCAGCAGCAGCAGCAGCACCAGCAGCAGUAGUAGUAGUAGUAGUGGUAGUGAUGAGGAGAGGGAGAACGGCGUGCGGGCCAGACGGAACAAAGAGAACCGACCACAGAGACGAGGAAGAAGAGCAGCCAAAGAAGAUGAGGAAAAGGAACAGAGUGAGGAGUCCAACCAAAACGGAGAAGAAGAGAUGGAUGAAGACUGGGGGGAAGGAGGACAGGCACAAACGGAGCCACCAGUCCUCGUAGUGUCGGACCUUAGCGACGAGCUCAUGAAGGGCUCGUAUCUCACAGUAACCCUACAGCCGUCGAGGGCCAAACGUGAUCCGGGGGCCAUUGUCCCGAAACUGGAGGCUGCAGUCGCCCCCCGCCCUGCCCCUCCCGGCCAGAGUUGCAUCCAACGCAAGAACCUGGCCCGACCACCCCUCAGGAACCACGCCCCAGACCCCUACGCUGCACCCUCACACUCAGACACACACACACGGGGCUCCCAUCCAGACGAGAGGAGAAUGAGGCCAGGCAGACCAGAGAGAACAGACAACAGCGCUUCCUCCUCUUCUCCUGUUCCUCCUCUACGCCUCCCUCUGUCGGCUUUACAGGAUGGGGGGAGGGAAGUGGCGAAUGGAGGGAGCGAGCCGGGCUGUGAGAGGGAGGUGUGGGUAUCUGUCUUCCGUUACCUGACUCGUGCCGAACUCUGUGUCUGCAUGGCCGUCUGCAAGAACUGGCACAAAUGGAGCUUGGAUAAGAGGCUGUGGAUGCGGGUCGAUCUGAGCGUGUCUAAAUCCAUCAGUCCUCAAGCUCUGUCAGGUAUCAUCAAACGCCAACCAGUCACCCUGGACCUCUCCUGGACCUCCAUCUCCAAGAAACAACUCACCUGGCUCAUCAACCGCCUGCCUGGGUUGAAGGAUCUCAUGUUGUCUGGCUGUUCCUGGUCUUCAAUUUCGGCUCUUAGCUCGCCCGGUUGCCCCCUCCUGCGCACGCUGGACCUUCGAUGGGCCGACGGGAUCAAAGACGGACAGAUCAGGGACCUGCUCAACCCACCAGGUUGUGAUAACCGCAGUCAGCUGAGGAACAUGCAGUCUUUCCGUCUGGCGGGGCUGGAGAUCAGUGACUCUACUCUGAGGCUGGUGAUCAGACACAUGCCCCUGCUGACCCGUCUGGACCUGUCCCACUGUGGAGCCCUCACUGACCAGUCCAUCAACCUGCUCACUGCUGUGGGCUCCUCCACACGCAACACACUCACCGAGCUCAACCUGGGGGGCUGCAGUAAGCUGACAGACUCGUGUCUGCGGUACCUCCGCCGGCUUUCCUGCCUCUCCCUGCUGGACCUGCGGGAAUGCAAGAGUGUGUCCCGCAAAGCCUGUGAGGCCUUCAUCUCUGAGCUGUCUGUCAACACCCUCUACUGCCUAUCUGAAGACAAACUGAUCCAGAGGAUAUCCUAGAGCCCGCCUCCUCUGUCUGGGACAGGGGAUACAGGGAGAGGUUGGGGACAUCUGUGUGACAAGAGAAAAGACUAGGACAGGGAGGCUUAAAAGCACCUGCUGCCUCUGAAGGGAGCAGGAAUGGAAAGCACUUAGUUACUGCGCACUUAGUGGGAGCAGGAUUUCUUUCCAGUUGUGUGUGUGUGUGUGUGUGUGUGUAUAUAUAUAUAUAUAUAUAUAUUUUACUAAACCAGACAAGAGACUCAGGAGUUUGAGUUUAGGCGCCUACGCUGCAUGAUUUAGUUGGGGUGGGAAGUGGAUUCCAUGAUAUGUGGAGGGGAGAGGUUAGACGGGUUCUUGUGAGGGUGGCAGGAGAUUGUGGGGUGGGUUCUUCUCUUCACCCUGGGAGUUCUAAGGCUGUCUUUAACCAAAGGUGUUGGCUGUGGACUAACUAACUCCUCCAGGAGUACUCUGGUCAGGUCACCCCACCCUGAGACAGAGGGGCGCAGACAGGGGUUUCGGGGAAGGUGCGAGGGCAAUCGACAUGGUGACCAGACCACUCCUAAAUAAGGACGGGGUAUGAAUGAAAUGGGGUGGAAGGGGCGGAGACAGGGUAAAUGGCGCGAUCUCAAACAACCGUUAGAAUUCAGGUGCUAUCACUCCCAAAACUCCCUGUUUUGUACAAAUAUCAAUCUAUGACAACUCUCUAUUCUAGGAAGUACCCUUCAGCCUACUUUGAUGCAUUUUCUGUUUCCCAUGGAUAAAAUGUGAGUUCCCUUUACAGUUUAUUUUUACUUGAUAAGACUCAGUGUAUAAAUGUAAUAUUUGCUGUCAUUAUUCUGUCCUGUUACCCUUCGGUCUAGUGCUUCUGAGGGAUCCUUCUUUUCCUUCCCACCUUGCCACAUCUAAAAAAUAAUAUAAAUAUAUACUUUUGUGUAAAUGUGUUUCCCUCUGUUAGAUGACAAAAAAAUCCUGUAGCAUUGUAAUUAUUUUCAGAAGCUUUUUCACUUAAUUUGUUAUUAAAUAAAUUAAAAAGAGAAAAUUAAAGGUUAA